AUGUCCGGGAUACUGUUCGAGGAUAUCUUCAAUGUUAAAGAUAUCGACCCAGAAGGGAAGAAGUUCGAUCGUGUCAAUAGAUUACAUUGCGAGUCCGAAUCGUUCAAAAUGGAUAUGAUACUAGACAUCAACUCGUGGCUGUAUCCGAUGGAGCUUGGCGACAAAUUUCGGUUGGUUUUGGCCACGACGUUACACGAGGAUGGAACACCAGCCAGUAUGGAGUACAACGCAGCCGAAAUUGAGGGUUCGCGUGCGGACAGUUUUGAGUACGUGAUGUUCGGCAAGGUGUACCGGAUCGAAGGUGACGACGGUCAGUUCGAGUCGGCCAGCCGGCUGUCUGCCUACGUUUCGUUCGGUGGUUUGCUAAUGCGACUGCAGGGCGACGCAAACAAUCUACACGGGUUUGAGAUUGACCAGCACAUGUAUCUGCUGAUGAAAAAACUAGCCUUCUAG